AUGGCCACGGGAGGUGAUCUGCCUGGUGGCAAUGGGAGCUACCUAAACUUGCUAGCUGAAGCUGCUACGAAACGUCGUGUCGAAGCUGAACUGGAAAGCACGAGGCGCGAGAUAAGGACAGUUGAACGAAAAAUUCGUUUGGAACGUGACAUUAGUUUGUUAGGAGCCCCGGACAGUGACACUGAAGGGAGGGAAUUGCCCUCAAGAAUAGUGCCUGCUGUCAACAAUGACAGUGGUCGUCAAGAAACCGUUCCUAAGGUGUUGUUAGAAAACAAUAACAAUGUACAUGAAGUAGUUAAUCAGUUUGUUGACUCCUUUCACCAAAUCAUUGCUGAACUGAAGGCUGAUCAGGAAGCCUUGAAUAAAAAAUGUGACACUGCCAGUAAAGAUAGGUCAAAUGUCGAGGUGACUAAGCCAGGCUAUGCUGGAGAUACCAGCAUGGAGCAGUUCGUCAGUACCAUGGACAAAUUUGCCUUGAAGGCCACUUUGCCUGCGCUAGACAUUGUGAAAUUCAAUGGUGAUUCCAGUCAGUACCACAAAUUUAAAACGCGUUUUGACCAGAUGAUCGGGUCGCAAAGCCUUAGUGAGGCCCACAAGAUGGCUCACCUCAUGCAGUUCGUUGAGGGGCGAGCAAAACGCGCCAUAGUUGGAUUCGAUGGUGUCACGGGGGGCUUGGUUAAGGCGCUAGCUGUCCUAGAACGGCGCUUUGGCCAGCCUCACGCCGUUACAGAAGCUUGCAUUAGUUCCCUUAUUCACACACCUACAAUUUCAAUCAAUGACACGCAGGCCCUGUGUGAUUUUGCUGACAAGGCUAGGACAGUUUAUGAAACUCUUGUAACUUUGCAAGCCACUGGCGAAAUGAAUAGUGCCAACCUGGCAAUCAUGGCUCGAAAGCUACCGAUCCCUCUCCAAGUUAAAUGGCGAAACAAGGCCCAGCUGUUGAGGAAAAGAAAUUCCCCUCCUUCACUUGAAAGACCAGUGAUGUUUAUCGAAGAAGAAGCUGAUGCGGCUAGUGACCCCAUAUUUGGAAAAAUCGGAGACUCGCAUAAAACCAAGGCCAAGACUGACGUCGUCUUCAGUAAACGUGGCAGUGACAACAUCAAACCCGGAAAGACAUCAACCUUCACCACCCAAGUGGAGGAUGACCAUGCAAGCCACAAGCACAACGCCAAGACUAAACCAAAGUGCUACGAUUGCAGUGAAAAUCACAAGAUAGCUGAUUGUCCUCAGUUUAAAAGAAAAACGCUGAAGGAAAGGGAUAGUUUCGUUCGAACGAACAGGCUAUGUUUUAAUUGCCUUGCCAAACAUUAUCUUGCGGACUGUCAAGUAAAGCGACAAUGUACUAUUUGUCCUGGGAAACACUCCACACUGUUACAUAAAUUUAAAUACAAUGGUGACCAAGCAGGUGCGCCAGCCUCAUCAAACCAACCAGAUGUCGCAAAUUCGUAUGCGGUAGGGUCAUCCAGACCAAGGGUAGCCCUACAGGUUGUCCCAAUAAGGGUUUUGGGUCCAGGUGCUUCAGUAACAACUUAUGCUCUAUUGGACUCGGGGAGUGAAGAAACUUUCAUCAGGAAGUCACUCAGUGAUAGGCUGAAGCUCCGAGUUGGUAGUCAAGAGACCAUGGCCAUAUCAACAAUGGCGGGUGAAUCGUCUCUCAUUGUGAAUAGGGUUAGCCUUGAGGUGGAGGCUGUAAGGUCACCAUCGAAGAAAGUUGGCAUCCAAGGAGUUGUGGUGCCCACUCUGGAUAUAAGCACUGCACGCCCAAACGUGAGUAAGUGGCCUCACUUGGAGGACAUUGAAAUGCCAGAAGUGGACAUUGAAGACGUUACCAUGCUCAUAGGUGCUAACGUCCCUGAGGUUCAGGUUCACUUGGAAAGUCGACUGGGGAAAGCUGGUGAACCUUUCGCUGUACGAACAUUACUUGGCUGGUCUGUAUUUGGACCAAUCAGUCCGGCCGGGAGUGAUAGUAAACAGAAGGUAAAUGCGCACUUCAUGAAGUAUGGUGAAACUCGGCCAGAGUCGCACCUACAUCAGUUCUUGGAGUUGGAUAGUUUAGGUGUCGUGGAGAAGAAAGGGAUGUCUGCUGAAGACCGCCGUGCUUUGAAAAGACUCGAGGACACAACCAGAAAAACGGACAACCGGUAUGAAGUCGGCAUGCUAUGGAAAGCUGAGAACACAUGGCUGCCAGACAACAGAGCAUUGGCUGAAUCUCGUUUAGAGUCGCUGAGAAGGAAGUUAGUUAAGAACCCAGAGCUUCAUGAAAAAUACACUGCGUUCAUGACGAAACUGUUUAGCCAGGGAUAUGCUGUGCAACUGAGCGAAGAAGAAAAACUAAAGGGUAAUUCUAAAACAUGGUAUUUGCCGCACCACUCCGUAACACAUCCUCGCAAACCUGAAAAGGUAAGGGUUGUGUUUGAUGCAGCCGCAAAGUUCAAGGGUGUUUCUCUAAAUGACCAGCUGCUAAAUGGCCCUGAUUUGACUAACAGCCUGCUCGGUAUACUUUUGAGAUUUCGUGAACAGCCAGUCGCUAUUGUAGGAGACAUUGAAGGUUUCUUCCUCAGAGUUGGAGUACCAGAUGAUGACAACGAAGCGCUCCGAUUCCUGUGGUGGGAAAACGGAGACCUGACUGGCCCGGUCGUUGAGUGUAAAAUGGUACGACACAUUUUCGGCGCUAAGGAUUCUCCAUGCUGCUGCAACUACGCACUUAAACAAACCGCGGAGAAGAGUGUAGGAUUCAGUGAACAAGCAGUAAAUGCUAUUAAGAGGUCCUUUUACGUAGACGACCAUGUAGACAGCGUCGAUACUGCAGAAACUGGCAUUGGUCAGAUCCAGGAGGUAACAGAACUAUUGAGAGACAAUGGCGGGUUCAGAGUGACCGGAUGGAUUAGCAAUGACCGAGAGGUUUUGAACACUGUUCCUGAGAGUGAGCGAGCAAAGUCCCUACUAAACCUAGACUUAGACAAGUUACCCGUCUCAAGAGCCCUAGGUGUUGAGUGGGAUGUUGAGGAGGAUGUCCUCAAAUUUAGCGUCGUCAAGCCUAGUCAACCCGACACCAAGAGAGGCGUCCUGUCAGCGCUAAGUUCGCUUUUUGACCCAAUUGGACUCAUAUGCCCAGUCAUAUUGGAGGCCAAGAAUAUCAUGCAGCGUUUGUGGAAGAUACAGAAGGAUUGGGACGAUCCACUGCCAGCAGAUGAGCUAAGAAACUGGGAAGACUGGAAAAAUGGGUUGUCUUCAUUGACUGGCGUGAAAAUACCACGGUGUUACUUGGUUUGUCAGCAGGAGGUGAAGGACAUUUCACUGCACAACUUUUCGGAUGCCUCCUCCAUAGGGUAUGGAAUGUGCGCUUACCUUAGGUUUGAAUAUCCCAACGGGGAUGUCAGUUGUUCACUCGUCAUUGGUAGGUCAAGAUGUGCACCUGUGAAAACCACGUCCAUCCCUAGACUGGAAUUACAAGCCGCAACGUUAGCCACGCGAAUCUCUAGUUCUAUCCAGGAGGAGCUGAGAUUGAAAAUAGCCAGAGUAACGUUUUGGACUGACUCAAUGACUGUACUGCAGUACAUUCAAAACGAAACGAAGAGAUUUCAUGUGUAUGUGGCGAACAGAGUCGCGGAAAUUAGAGACGUUACAACACCAGGACAAUGGAGACACUGUCCUGGCAGCUUAAAUCCAGCAGACGAUGCUUCACGUGGAGUGAAACCAAGUGCCAUGGCAGAUCUGAAGCGUUGGUGGCAAGGACCAGAGUUCCUCCUGAAGUCAGAGGAAUAUUGGCCUGAAAGUGAUGUUGGCCCCCUGCCAGACACGGACGUCGCAGUGAAACGUGAGAAAACUGUGUUGGUCACAACCGAACUGGACGUGAAGGAAUGUGGUUUACACAAGCUAAUACUCGAGGCCAAGUCAUGGUCAAGUUUGACAACGAAGGCAGCUUUUGUAAUGAGCAUGGGAAAAACCGGUCCUGUUCCAGAAUUUGUGACUGCUGAAGAGGAAGAGAAAGCCUCAAGGUGGAUAAUCGAGACAAUCCAAGCUGAAAGUUUUGCCCAAGAAAUUCAUCAGCUGAGAAAUGGUAAGGAAGUGAAAGGAGAGACUAUGAAAGGUUUGAAACCCAUACUUGUGGAUAACAUUCUAAGAGUCGGCGGGCGAUUAGAGAAAGCGCCAACGUUGUCUGAGGAUGAAAAACACCCUAUAAUCCUGCCCAAAGAACACUAUGUCAGCAAGUUAGUCAUGCGCCAGGCCCAUGGCGACUUGGCUCACGCUGGCCGAGAACAGUCUCUAGCUGAAACCCGGAAGAAGUUUUGGGUCUUAGGAGGCCGCCGUCUGGCCAAGAAGAUUGUCCGUGAAUGCAUCGAUUGUCGUCGCCAAAAUGCUAGGCCAAUGGAACAAGUGAUGGCUGCCUUACCUGCAUGCAGACUUACACCCUACAAGCCCAGUUUCAGCUUCACUGGUGUGGAUCUGUUUGGCCCCCUAGAGGUGAAAUGGGACCGCGGGACUGCUAAACGCUGGGGUUGUUUGUUUACUUGUCUUGCAACCCGUGCUGUCUAUCUCGAGGUGGUGCAGUCUCUCAGCACAGAUGAUUUCAUUCUCACCCUUCGACAGUUCAUAAGCAGACGAGGACCCCCAGAAGUGAUCAGGUGUGAUAACGGUUCGAAUUUCACGGGAGCCGAAAGGGAGUUGCGAGAGGCCAUUGAGACUUGGAAUCAAAGGACAAUCACUGAUAACAUGCAGCAACGUGGAAUCAAGUUUAUAUUCCAACCCCCAACUGCCGCUCACAUGUCUGGGGUUUGGGAGCGUUUGGUGAAGACUUCAAAACAUCACUUGAAAGCACUGUCGGGUGAUCGCCUGCUCACGGAAAACGGUUUACGUACAUUGUUGGCUGAAGCCGAAGCCAUUAUGAAUGGCCGUCCUCUUUGCUCUGUGUCGGAUGACCCCAAGGACCUCGAAGUACUGACGCCAAACCACUUCCUUCUGCAUAGAAAAGUGUCAGGACUACCGCCUGGCAUAUUUGUAAAAGAGGAUCAUCUCCUCCGACGGGAAUGGAGGAAGGUGCAAUAUCUUCUUGAUCUUUUUUGGAAAAGAUGGCUUAAGGAGUACCUGCCAGGUUUGCAGCGCAGAGAGAAGUGGCAGACAGAAAAGCGAAAUGUACGAGUUGGGGAUCUAGUCAUGUUGGCAGAGGACAAUAUCAGACGAAGCCAGUGGCCCCUGGGUCGUAUUACCGAAGUAUACCCAGGAACGGAUGAUGUUGUAAGAUCAGCGACAGUGAAAACUGCAUCAGCAGAGUAUCAUCGCCCCAUUGCCAAGCUCUGCUUGCUUGAAGCCGUCGAAGACAAACCAGACGUUUGUGUCCGUUAG